GUCGACUGUGCUUUCGAGCGCUGAUACAAAACCAACCCCGGUUUACACGUUCUUCGAGGCCUCCGAAGACUUCAUUGAGUUCCUUUCAGGGCGUAUUGGAAUGCACGAAAUACUGUUGCAUGAGGACACUUCGAAUGUUGAAAUAAAGUUGGAGCCAGGUGGAUUCGGAAUAACCCAUCUGCCAAAUGUUCCUGUAAAACCUAUAGAGAUGUCGCUAAGAAAACUUUACCAUGACGUGGAAUUCAGCAAGUCUUUGCGACUCUCAUCUCUGAACGCCCGCUGCACGGCAUCACAGGUGCUCUACCUCACUGCACUGCAGUACGCUCUACUACACGAAACUAAAUUGGCAGUAUUACGAAGUGCUGGACUUUGUGAUAUUCUCAUGGACCAUGGAGGUCGUAUUUGUUUAUUCGGCAGUGUAGAAAGUGUAAUAGAAGGUCACAUGGCUAUCAAGAGGAUAUUCGUUGAGCAAGGUCUGGGUGAACCAAGGACAAGGCCUCCGUCAGCGCUUGGAAUCGAUUGCGAUUCGAAUAACAACCAGGUCUCAUGUACUCUGGACGACACCGUAAUGGUGGAGAAGAAGGCAGGCGAUGUAGAAUGGGUAAUUGUUUCUAUUGAUUGUUCAUCAGUUUCCAGUAUAGGUGGUCCCGUCGCCUCACGACCGCAACAGGCAGCUUUUAUACGCACGGUUGUAGGUGGUGAAAUAACCAACAGCGGGCGAGGGAAUUCCAUCUACCAGUCAUGUUCCUACAACUCUGUAGCGAAUGGUUCGAGUCGGCUGUCACCUGAANCGGAAUCGUCAACACUUUCGACAGCUUUAGCAAUUGAAGACCAGCGUAAAGCUAUUGUCGAAGAGCCCCACCGUAAAAGUAUAAAGUUCUUUGUCAACUUAGCUGAUGCUCCUCGUCUCAUCGGAACUCGUGGAACCAACAAGCGACGUAUUGAACAGGUCACCGGUUGUACAAUUGUGUUGCACACUGAAAAGAAAGACAAUGGGGAGUUUCCAAUAGAAAUAUUUUCGACAUCUUCGAAAAGAUGUGAAAUCGCUCGGCAGCAUAUUUUGGGCUAUCUUGCCAACAGUCGUACUGCAGUGGAAGAUAUGAGCUCUUCGAAUGUUAAGAAAGAGGAGGCCCGCGUUCCUCACUGCGUAGUUGUCCUUGAGGUUCUAUCAUCCUUCAUCAUCACCUAUUUGGGUGAACCUUGCUGCCGAGAGCCUGUUGCCGCACUGACCCGACAACUUGGAGAUCUUGAGCGUGUUGUUUCACUGCUGUAA